UCAUACAUUUAUUCUGUUAAAAGACACUUUCACGACAGAUUUUUUCAGAGGCAAGUGACGUUUGGUUGAAUCACGUGUCAUGGUGUGUUGUUCAGAUGCCGCCUCUUGAAAAACACGUCGCACGGCUUGCAAAACAGUCACACGUUCACUUUGUAGCUGUUUACACAUGCGCGAACCACAUAACAACAUUUCGCUGCCAUUCGUUUACUUCUGAUGAAGAAAACCAACAUGUGAGAAUAAAAGACGCAUUAGCACCAGGCAAAUGAACGAUUUAGCGAUGCGAAAGCUGGACGGGAGAUGAGUUGUGCAACGCUAAUGCGUUAAACAGCUGAAGAGAACGCGGCACAUGAAAGGAUAGGACUAGGAAAGAGACAUUAUCAGAUUAUACCCAAUGUUUGUUUUGAUUGUCGCUGAAGAGCUCUCGACAAGCCGACCAUAUUAACCUGACAGAAUUCAUCUCCUUUGCGCAUAAAAAUAUCUCCGUUGAAAUUAAUCGCUUCCCUCGGAGCUAAUCGACGAAAGGCCGCGCUCUCCAGAAAUAUCCUUUGCAAAGGAAUGCUGAAGGAUAAAGUUUUAGGACUGCUGCACCGACAGACAAUAACUUGUAUCGAUUACACUUUCAAAAGUGGCGGCUGGGUAUCGCUUUCAGCCAAAGUAGCGACUGCGCGAUAAAUGUACCUCUUAGCACGGUCGUUGCAAACCGUGCUCGUUUAGCGUGCGUUGCGAACGGUCAGGAAACACAAACUCGACCUUCGGAUAUCAUGUACCCGCGAAGUUUUAACUACAGCCGGCCUCCGUACCCUAUUACUCCACAAGAAUCACACAGCAGUCCACCGCCGCUGUCUCACCCUCCCUAUGUUUAUAGCCCCCCUUCUCGUUACUCCUACAACGCUUAUCCAUGUACUCCUAGCUAUCCACCGAGUAACUCACCUUCUUACAGCCAUAUCCCUCAGCCGUUAACGCACUAUGGAGAUCCAAGGUUCAUGGAGAUGAGUCCCAGAGACGAAGUGCCAGUUCUCCAUCAUCUUCCUCAACAGUCUGGAGCGCUAGAUCAUCCAGAGCACCCACGUCAAGUCAUGGAAAGCGCAGCGCAAUUACUGCCGAGUUGUGAACAAGCUGCAAAAACCGGAAAAUCUACCGGAAAGAAAAGAAAAGAACGAACAGCUUUCACUAAACAUCAAAUACAGGAACUGGAAAACGAAUUUCAGAGGAAUAAUUACUUGACAAGGCUCAGAAGAUACGAAAUCGCUGUGAGUUUGGACUUGACGGAACGACAGGUCAAAGUCUGGUUUCAAAACCGUCGAAUGAAAUGGAAACGUGUCAAGGGAAAACGAUUGGAAAAGAAGGCUCCCAUCACCAAGAGACUUAGCACAAGCUCUGACGAGGAUAAACCACAAGUAUAAAUGGUGUUUCAUUCAUGUACAUCUAUGACUACCACUUAAUUCUCCAUGAUAGCUGAGGGAUUUCCCAAAGACAAAGAAAUUCCCUUUGAGCCUUUGAGCCCAAGUUUGGGCUACGUAGAGCGCCUUGUCUGGGUACUCUCUAAAUGGCGUAAAAUCAACUGAGCAGAGCGAAGGAAUGGCGGAUUUCCGAACAAUAUUAGUUACAGCGUGGAAAAUAAUUAUAUUGGUUGCUACGAUUACAAAAAAAUCUUUCACAUAGCAUUGCGUGAAUUUCUUGGUUUAUAAGCCAGCAUUAGGGUGUCCAUGUAUUUUUCGAAACUGGAGAGCUUAUACAACACUGCUUUCUCCAUAUAACUUUGUAAAUGAUAUAUCUUUAGCUCCAGAACGAAAAAAGAACAUUUGAGUUGCUUAUGCAAGUCAUACAAAACUUCUUGAUCCAUGCAGCUUUGAAGAAAUGUAUAUACACUGCAUUGCUCCAGGUCUAGAACGAAAAGGGAAGGAUGUGCGAGUCGGUCGCAAUCCCUGUUGCAGUCUUUUCGAGUCUGUUUCAUACGACUUCUGCAUGUUUUAAGAUAUUGCAUUGCAGAAACACAUUUAGUUGGACUGGCGAUGUUAGAGACUUCGUGAUUAGCUAAUUGAAUAUAUUUUCUUGAAAUAUACGAGCGAAUAAAAAUAUUUUCUACCAGAGAAA